GAAGAUGUUUGAUUUCUCUGCAAUUACAGGAGGUAUCCCAGGAGAAGUAGCCAUAAUGAAUGGAUUGUCAGUGAACCUUCAUCUACUGCAUGUGUCCUUUUAUCGACCGACUACCAAACGUCAUAAGAUUCUGUGCGAGAGAAAAGCAUUUCCAUCCGACCAUUACGCAUACCAGAGUCAAAUAUCCCUCCAUGGUUAUGAUCCAAACACAAGUCUGAUAUUUGUGGAGCCUCGUAAGGGCGAGGAAACAUUAAGAAUGGAUGACAUCCUCUCAGUGAUAGAGCGGGAGGGCGAGUCUGUAGCGGUGAUUUGUCUUGGUGGCGCGCAAUUCUUCACCGGUCAGGUCCUUGAUAUACGAAAAAUAGCACAAGCUGGACAUGAUAAGGGAUGUUUUGUUGGUUUCGAUAUCGCUCAUGCUGUUGGUAAUAUACCUCUGUAUUUGCAUGACUGGGACGUUGACUUCACUUGCUGGUGUACUUACAAGUACAUAAACGCGGGUCCAGGGUGCUUGGGCUGUAUCUUCUUACACAAGAUGCACGAAGAAAACGGCUUCCCAAAAUUGCUAGGCUGGUGGGGACAAAAGAUGGAGAGCAGAUUCGAAAUGGACAAUACAAUGAAUCUAACUCCUGGAGCUCGUGGCUAUAGAAUCACCAACCCGCCACCACUAUUGUGCGCAUCCCUAAAGGCCAGUCUCAAAAUAUUUAAGAAGACUAACAUGGAAGAAAUCCGCUCCAAAUCGAAACUCAUGACAGCAUAUCUGGAGACCCUCAUCCUGCAGAGAAAGGAGCGCAGCACCAGUAGCAACUGUGUACCCGUCAUCGAUAUCCUCACACCGUCCGACCCAGAACAGAGAGGAAACCAGAUGUCACUAAAAUUUCCAAAUAACGACAUUGCUGCUAUUUUUGAAGAACUUGGAAAGAGGGGCGUGGUGUGUACCAUCAGAAAGAAUUCCGUUAUACGUAUCGCCAUGUCUCCCCUAUACAAUUCCUUUGAGGAUAUACAUCGUUUUAUGACGUAUUUGGACCAAUCAAUCCUUGCUGCAGCCGACAGAUAAUUAAUCAAUUAGACUAGACAGUACAUUGAAAAAUUCACUUCUUGUAAUUGUUUUGUUAUCAAACUAUAGUUUGUUAGAUAAAACCAAUACAACUUUGUCAAGCAUGUUGUUUUCUAAUGAAAUAUAUAUUUCAAUAUAUGUUAUCGACGACCACUUUGUCGUCAUACAAAUUUUAUUUUAUCUUUAAUUAUCACUUAUAAAAGACAUAAUAAGUAAUUUUCACACUAAAUUCUAACAGGAAUUACGUCAUGUUUUUUUUUUCUAAAGAAUAUAAAUGGACAUAUACAUGUGUAUUUAUACGGCUCACGGCUCAACUGGCGGGUUGUGGUCACGGAAGCUGUCGCUGCUUGAGUAAUAGGAUGUUGUUAUGGACUAUGCAGACCAUGAUGCUGUACAUUGUAUAUAUAGUGUAAAUAAAGUUAUAAAUAAAAUUUAA